GUAAAACUAAAAAAAAAGUAAACAUAAACACCUUGAGAAAACUUCUUCCGUAUCAAGUGGUUAAAGUGGAGUUUUAAAACAAUUUUUGUUGAAAAUAAGGCCGUUAGUUUACAAGCAGGAGAACAGUUGUUGAACCAGGUCCUGGUGCAUACUUAUGUAGUUGUCACUUUGUGGAUGGGAAAAAAAGAAAAUAGACCUACAUUGUUUAGGUAUAAUAGGGAGAAGCAAUUGAACUUUCCAUCGCCAGAAAGAAGAACCCGUAAAAAUAACAACAAUGUGAAAAUUGAACUCUAUAAUAUGUUACUUCAAAUUGGGCCCUUUUAAGGGAUGUAUGUAAUAAUUAUGUGAUCU